AUGACUAAAUCAAUCUCAUCCAAUUCUUCACCAUUACCACCACCCCACACAAUCAUUAUCGAUUGGGACGAAACAUUAACCACAAAAGACACAAUUCAAUACUUGGCUCAAUUACCCUACACAAUCAAUAGCCACAACCGACAACACUCUCCACCCCGCUUACCAUUCUCUCAUUACACUGAUAUCUACAUGACCAAUUACACAAACUACAAAUCGCACCAUUUUGGCAAAGACUAUACAAUAUUGGAUGAUUAUAUCCAGUUCCAAAUGGGCAUGGAGCCUAUUGAAAUGAGUUCAAUCAAUGCACUUGAGUCAGAUGGCGUUUUCCAAGGAUUGACCAAACUGCAAAUUCGCAAUCAAGCUGAUUUGGUACAGUUGCGGCCUGGCGCCGUGGCGUUUCUUGAACGAUGUUUGUUGUUGCGGAAGUCAGUGGUGAUUUUGAGUGUUAAUUGGACAAGUUUGAUGAUUGAUGAAGUACUACGGCGCAAUGGCAUCGCUGUAAGUGAUGGUGAAAACAUAAAAAACAAUGAUACAAUGGAGGAGGAUGGGAAGCGGGAUGGGGAUGGGGAUGAGGAUGAGGAUGGGGAGAAUGGAGUCAAGAUUGUCACUAAUGAAUUUGAGUUUGCAAGUGAUGGAAAAACAACGGGGUUCUGGUUGUCGUAUCCCAAGAUACAUACAUCACUCGACAAGUUGAAUUAUAUAAACCAAGUCAAGAUACAAGCCAAUUCAAGCAACAAUGCGAAUGGUGAACGUCAUGGUGAUGCAAAUGGAGAUGGUAUAAUGUACAUUGGAGACAGCUUAACGGACUUGUUACCAAUACUCAAUGUUUCGUUCCCCUGUGCAAUCAAAGAUUCUAAAUUGGACUCAGUCUUGACUCAAUUAAGCAUCAAUCAUGUGAGUGGCACAUGGUUUGAUUUUAUUAAACUCAUUGACUAA